GCGCUGCAGUGGCCUAGCACUUGUCGGAGAAAAACAGAAACGGAAGAUAUUGCCAAUCAAUCAAUCAGCCACAUUCGCAAUACAGAAAUUCUUUGUCAGUCUGGAUAGAUCGCGAUGACCUCGUAGUUAUACAGGUGUCCUCUAUGUUGCAGAACUCUGCAACAAGAUCGACCACAAUGGGGAAGCAGGACAACUCCUCCGAGAAAGACACAGAGAACUAUGUGGACAUCGCAGACUUUGUCAUGGAGGUGGAGAGGUUCUCCAAGCUCAUCGAACCUUUCGCCUUUGUCCUCUUCGCAGUAGAUGAUGUUAGAAGAUGGAAGUUGCCGGGUGUGUCAGUGGCCUUAUGGUUGAUCUCACUGUUGUCCUGCUUGAUUCUCACUCAAGGAGCGAUGUUCGUUUUGAUUGCCUUCCUGGUGAUGCUCAUAGCCGCUGCGUGUCUUUUCCAAGUCCACACCCGCAUCCUGGACAAGAUCCUCCCAGACACACGGAGGGUCAACUUCUAUGCUAGCGACGAGGAGAACAACACCCUACACACUGUCCGCGAGUUCCGAUACAGCCUGAUACAGAUGCAUGACUUUGUGGUGAAGUGUAAUGAGUACCUGGCAUACUUCUAUGCUCUUCUCAAGUGGGACUACACCGUCCCAGCCAUCAUCUUCCAUGCAGAGUUGAGUGUGCUCAUCCUUUCCCUAGUGGUCUUCCCGCGGCUCGGUGGAUCUGUUUCAUUUUGGUCAUGUGGUUCUUCUGUGGCCACAGACACCGUCAGUCUUCUCCAGAGCCAGUGGACAUUUCUGCAGAACAUAGCAAACGGCAAGCCCUGCUCUGGAGUGGCAUCAAACACUCAUGAAGCACAGAGCACUGCCGUCAACCCAUCCGAAUCUCAGUCAAAGGGAAGCAGUGAGACAACCUCUAGUGGUGAUGUUACAGAUUCUCCUGACAAAGAUGAGGUGUAUGAUGAAGAUCUGGAUGAGAACACGGUAGAGUUGGACGGGGACCACCUCACUAGACUAGAACCGGCGCCGUCUAAACCUGGUAUGGUUGCCAGGCUCCUGGAACUCAAACGGCGUCGGCAACAGCUCGCCAGUGAAAACUGUUUCACAUGCAAAGUGUCUUUCUCAUCAUUUUUGAAAAGAAGGUACUACUGCCGGCACUGUGGGAACCACUUCUGCAACAAGUGCUGCAACCAGAAGGUCCCUAGAUCCGUGUUUGGAGCUACGUCUCCUGCGGCCCAGACUGAGACUGUGAUUGUCUGCAAUACUUGUCAUGAGCUUCUCACGAAAAAGGACAAAGACAAGGUCAGUUGAUGACCUUGACAUUUGUUACAAGGUCAGCAAAUGACCUUGACAUCAAGGAUAAGGUCAAUGACCCUGACCUUUGACAAUCAGAUGAAAAAAUAAGAGACCAAGAAGGUUGGAGGAAGAAUUUCAAUUUGGUCUUGAGUGUUCAUUUUCACUGAUCAUUUUCAAGCGUGAGGAUUUAGUAUAUGUAAGGCUUGUUUAAAAAAUCAUUUGCUAGAAGUUUUCAUUACUAAAAUGAAAUGAGAAACGGGUAGGUAAUAUGUUUUUAGAACAAGUGCAUCCAGACUAAAAUCAUUUUGUUUUUCCCCCCCUUGUCAGUGUUACAUUUUCCUUGUCUUGUUCUGAAAUGUCCUGAGUGAAAACCUGUUAUUCUGUCAUAAAACAACCUAAUGGUGUGUGCUAGUCAGCAAGCAAGUAAGAUUAUAAAACCUCUUCAAAUCGUAUCAUGAUGUUCAUAUAUGACAACCAAAUCCAAUGUACAUUUUAAACAUCAUUCUUUACAUUUCUAAGCCUGCUUGUUAAAUUGAAAACUUUGAAACUUUAUGUACUUUUAAUUUGUUAUUAUAUGCCUUGUUUUUAAUUUGAUCUUUUAACCUAUUUAUAAUGCUUGUUUUUAAGUUAUGUAACCCGGUCAAUGUAUUAUGUGCCAUGUGGAAUCUAGUGUUGCACGCAGUUUGCUUUCCUGCUCUGUGUUCAUCAACAUUUUAUCAUAUCAUAUAUGUUUCAGAUAGUUGAAGCUAAACAACAUUUUAUCAUGUAGAUAUUAAUCUUGACAAUUUUAAUGCAAAGCAAUGAAAUUUUAGGCAUGCCAUUUAGCAUAUUCUUAUAAUUAUACAAUCAUGUUGGACCAAUGUUGCACAAUUCUUUGACCAUGUCAAAAGACCAAAGAUCAGUUUGUUUGUUGGGAGUCAUGAGCCCAUGAUAUUUCCUUUGACUUAUGAAAGCAGCGUUGGGGGCAUGUACUUCGAUGAAGAAUGAUGUGGAGGUGUAUGAAUAUAACUAUAACUUACAGUGGUGUACGUUCUAGCAGUAUCUAGCAGUUUUAAGGUUGAUAGUUGCCCUAUGGUGAUGCAAAUGAUUUGUGAGACAUGAUUUGCCCUACAUUUAAGGAAUUGUCCUGCAUUAUGGAAUUGUCCUUGACCUACAUUUAAGGAAUUGUUCUUGACCUACAUUCAUGGAGAUGUCCAUGACCUACAUUUAGGGAAUUGUUCUUGACCUACAUUCAUGGAGAUGUCCAUGACCUACAUUUAGGGAAUUGUUCUUGACCUAUAUUCAUGGAGAUGGCCAUGACCUACAUUCAUGGAGAUGUCCAAUUGUCCAUGACCAAUGUUCAAGGAGAUAUCCACAACCUAGGCCAAGUGGACAUGUACUUCCCUCAGUACAGGUAGCAGUGUCAGGAUCAGGACUUGCUUGUUAGGGAAGUUGUUUGUUGGGAAAGUGGGGUUAUCUUUGUUUUUCUGCCAUGUUUUCUACCUUAAAUUCUUCAGUUGUUGCUUACAUAGGAUAUUUGAUUAGUAUAUAGAUGCAGUGUUGAAAUUAAGGGGGUGCUUGGAGCCCUUGAUUUUUCUCCUGUGAUAUUAUAUUUUAGGGUACCUGAAUGGGUACUUCCUGCUUCUGACAACUGUUUUCCCAUUGAAACUAUUUAUUGCACUCUUAUCAAUGAUGAUCUGGCUGUCUGUGGCUGGCCUUUUAGUGGACAGUUCUGGCCCACUUGUUGACCCUUUGUAUGUCUGGUUGGUCACUUGGUGUUCAUGAUGAUGAUGAUGAUGAUAAUGCUAUUACCAGGCAGUAUUUGAGGCUCAGUGCAAUGGUAGCCAGCCUGUUCAUGCAUACAUAUAGCAAAUGUUCUGUGUUGGAGAUGCAUGAGAUUGUAUUAUUCUGUGAAUCCAAGAGACAAGUAUCAAUUCAAGCAAACUGGGAAUAAAAUGUGAAUCUGUUUUAUUGUCAGAAAGGCUGGAAAUCUUAUGUUUCGAUCAACUUUGAAGAAAACAAGUCAUACAUGAUCUGUUUAAUAUCAGCAAUGACAUAGUUAUCUCCCUUUCAAUGAUCGGCUGCCAAGAGCUUUGGAUUUUUGAGGGUGAAAUUUUAAGAAAGACCUUGACAUUUGUGAUUGAAUCCAUACAAACCCAAAUAUCACAGAAAGGAAGAAACAAUCCUCACGACCAUAAUGAGGCUCUACAAAGAAAUACUUGUUUCCAGUUACCAAAAUGAUCAACCUUUUCACAUGCAGUUCAAAAUAUCCAAAAACAAAUGUAUAUGUCCAUUAAAGAGAUUCUGCCCCUCCUGACAUAUCUGUUAACACCCAGGAUGCAGAAAGACAGAUAUGUUCUCAUAAUAAUGACUUUAGUAAAUGAUAGAUGAUUUCCAGGUCACCUUUCAGCAUAUUCAGGUUCUGUAGCCAUAACAGUUUAUUUACUGUGAAAAAUAACAUUGGCGAUCCAAGCCAGGAAUUUCAAACCAUCAUUUAUCAAUCUUGAUGCAUCUCUUGUACACCAGAUUUCAAAUCAGGAAAUUAGAAACCAACUUGUGUUAAUUCAUGCAAACUAUGUCUGUCGACCAUGUUGCAUUUUUUGUAAUGUCAGUGUGAGGUAGUCACGUGUGAUAGAAUUUGUGUUCUACAUCAUCCAGCCAUUUUGGCGUCGGUCACCAACAGAUAUAACUUGCUGUUACUGCCAAUAUUUUUAUGGUGCUCUGAUAGCUAGGAAACAAAUGCUUAGAGAAUCAUCAGUGUCUUUCUGUAAGAAUAUAAUAAUCACAAUGCUGUAAUCACAAAUGUGUCCAGGUUUGCAAACUUAAAAACAAAUGAGUAAUAAUUGGAACAUUUUUGGUG